AUGUUAAGCCACGCGCGUCCAACAGUAAAUUUCAACAAAGAGCAGGAACGCCUCCGUGUAGAUAAAGAGCUGGGCAAUAUUCGGACUCGCUUCAAGAAUGAAAAGGGUUUAUCACCGUAUGAGAAGAAGAAAUAUGUCUGGAAGAUGCUUUACAUUUACAUGCUAGGUUAUGAUGUUGAUUUUGGUCAUAUGGAAGCCGUGUCUUUAAUAUCUGCCCCAAAGUAUCCUGAAAAGCAGGUUGGCUAUAUAGUGACAUCUUCUCUUCUCAAUGAGAAUCAUGAUUUUCUGAGAUUAGCUAUUAAUACCGUGCGCAACGACAUCAUUGGUCGCAAUGAGACUUUCCAGUGUCUUGCUCUGACAUUGGUUGGGAAUAUUGGUGGGAGGGAAUUUGCUGAAUCUCUUGCUCCUGAUGUUCAAAAGUUACUUAUUUCUAGUAGUUGCAGACCUCUUGUGAGGAAGAAGGCUGCUCUAUGUCUCCUUCGUCUUUAUAGAAAAAAUCCUGAUGUGGUGAAUGUAGAUGGCUGGUCAGAUAGGAUGGCGCAGCUGUUAGAUGAACGUGAUUUGGGUGUUUUGACUUCCUCAAUGAGUCUUCUUGUUGCUUUAGUGUCCAACAACCACGAGGCCUACUGGAGUUGUCUACCAAAGUGUGUUAAAAUUUUGGAAAGGCUUGCCAGAAAUCAAGAUGUGCCACAAGAAUAUACUUAUUAUGGUAUUCCGUCUCCCUGGCUUCAGGUUAAGACAAUGAGGGCUCUUCAGUAUUUUCCAACCGUUGAAGAUCCAAAUACUAGAAGAUCAUUGUUUGAGGUUCUGCAAAGAAUAUUAAUGGGGACUGAUGUUGUGAAGAAUGUGAACAAGAACAAUGCAUCACAUGCUGUACUUUUUGAAGCUCUUGCUCUUGUCAUGCAUCUUGAUGCUGAGAAAGAAAUGAUGUCUCAGUGUGUUGCAUUGCUUGGUAAAUUUAUCGCUGUUCGUGAACCUAAUAUUCGAUACCUCGGUUUGGAAAACAUGACUCGUAUGUUGAUGGUCACAGACGUCCACGAGAUUAUCAAAAGACAUCAAGCUCAGAUCAUUACGUCCCUGAAGGAUCCUGAUAUCAGUAUCAGAAGACGUGCCCUUGAUUUGCUAUACGGCAUGUGUGAUGUUUCAAAUGCAAAGGACAUUGUUGAAGAAUUGUUACAGUAUCUCAGCUCGGCUGACUUUGCAAUGCGGGAAGAAUUGUCACUUAAAGCUGCUAUUCUUGCAGAGAAGUUCGCCCCUGACUUAUCAUGGUAUGUGGAUGUGAUACUUCAGUUGAUUGACAAGGCUGGGGAUUUUGUUAGUGAUGACAUAUGGUUUCGUGUGGUGCAGUUUGUUACUAACAACGAGGAUUUACAGCCUUAUGCAGCUCUGAAAGCCAGAGAGUAUCUUGAUAAACCUGCUAUUCAUGAGACCAUGGUGAAGGUGAGUGCAUAUAUUCUUGGAGAAUACAGUCAUCUUCUAGCCAGACGUCCUGGGUGCAGCCCAAAGGAAAUUUUCCACAUCAUACAUGAAAAGCUUCCCUCUGUUUCGACUCCAACAAUCCCAAUACUUCUCUCCACCUACGCGAAGAUUUUGAUGCACACUCAACCACCUGACCAGGAGUUACAGAAGCAAAUCUGGGCUAUAUUCAGCAAGUAUGAGAGUUGUAUUGAUGCCGAAAUACAGCAGCGUGCUGUUGAGUAUCAUGCUUUGAGCAUGAAAGGCCCUGCUCUAGUGGAUAUACUUGCUGAAAUGCCGAAGUUCCCUGAAAGACAGUCCUCAUUGUUAAAGAAGGCCGAGGAUUCUGAAGCUGAUACUGCUGAGCAAAGUGCAAUUAAAUUGCGGGCCCAGCAGCAGAGUUCUAGUGCUUUGGUAGUGACAGAUCAGCGGCCAGCAAACGGGCCAGCCCCUGUGAGCCAGCUUGGUCUUGUGAAGGUGCCUACCCCGAGUAAUGCGGAUCAGAACUCUACUGAACAGGGAUUAACACAUGCAAAUGGGGCUUUGACAGUUGUGGAUCCUCAACCUCCGAGCACGCCUUCUCCUGAUCUACUUGGUGAUCUUUUAGGUCCUCUGGCUAUUGAAGGUCCACUAGACACGGCUCCUCAAUCUGAGCCAAGGGUAGCUUCUGGGAUGGAAAUUGGUGUCAAUGAAGAUGCAUUAGCCAUUGCACCUGUUGAGGAGCAGGCUAAUGCUGUCCAGCCAAUUGGUGACAUUGCGGAAAGAUUUCAUGCUCUAAGGCUUAAGGAUAGUGGUGUGCUAUAUGAGGAUCCUUAUAUUCAGAUUGGCAUAAAAGCCGAGUGGCGAGCGCAUCAUGGACGAGUUGUUCUCUUUUUGGGAAAUAAAAAUACUGCUCCCCUUGUUUCAGUUCAAGCUCUUAUACUGCCCCCAGCGCAUCUAAAGAUGGAACUCUCAUUAGUACCUGAGACUAUUCCUCCGAGGGCGCAGGUUCAAUGCCCACUUGAUGUAAUCAACCUCCAUCCUAGUAGAGACGUGGCUGUGUUGGACUUUUCGUACAAGUUUGGCACCCAUCUCGUCAGUGUAAAACUUCGUCUUCCUGCUGUCCUGAACAAGUUUCUGCAGCCAAUCUUGGUUUCGGCUGAGGAGUUUUUCCCACAAUGGAGAUCACUCUCAGGACCUCCAUUGAAGCUGCAAGAAGUGGUUAGAGGUGUACGACCAAUGCUGCUUCCCGAAAUGGCAAACUUAUUUAACAGCUUGCACCUGACAGUUUGUCCUGGGCUUGAUCCAAACGCCAAUAAUCUGGUGGCCAGCACAACUUUCUACUCUGAAGGCACACGAGCCAUGCUAUGCUUGGUGAGGAUAGAAACUGAUCCAGCCGAUAGAACACAAUUGCGGAUGACCAUUGCAUCAGGAGAUCCCACUCUAACUUUGGAAUUAAAAGAGUUCAUUAAAGAACAAUUAGUGAGCAUCCCAGUUCCUUCUCGAGCACCCACACCUCCUCAAGCCCGACCAACCAGUCCACCUUCAGCCGCAACGGAUCCUGGGGCUAUUCUGGCCGGUUUGCUUUGA